AAUGAGUGCAGCAAGGCUCCUGUGCCCUUUACCACUAUCCAUGAUCUUGAGAUGAUCAAGGCCUCCUUUGAUGUUAUUGUUGAAGCUUUUGUGGAUGAGCACCCCACCGACCUCUCGGAGCUGCUGAAGGAAGGGACGAAGGAAUCCCAUGAUCGUGCGACGAAUACUCAGUUUGUCAAAGACUUCCUGAAAGGACGGAUCAAGGAGGAGCUUUUCAAGCUGGCUACCGUGGCGCUCUACUUCACAUACUCUGCCCUGGAAGAGGAAACGGAUUGCAACAAAGACAACCCGGUCUUUGCCCCUCUGUAUUUCCCUCUAGAGCUCUACCGGAAAGAAGCAUUGGACAAAGACAUGGAGUAUUUCUAUGGCAAAGACUGGAAAGAGAAGAUCCAGUGUUCCGAAGCAACUAAGCACUACGUGGACAGAAUCCAUCAUGUGGGACAGCAUGAACCAGAGUUGCUAGUGGCCCAUGCUUACAUACGCUACAUGGGGGACCUCUCAGGUGGCCAGGUGCUGAAGAAGGUAGCCCAGAGGGCCCUGAAGCUGCCCAGUACUGGAGAAGGAGUCCAGUUCUACACCUUUGAAAACAUUUCCAAUGCACAACAGUUCAAGCAGCUCUACAGAGCAAGGAUGAAUGCGCUAGACUUGGACAAGAACACUAAGGAAAGGAUUGUGGAAGAAGCCAACAGGGCUUUUGAACUGAACAUGCAGGUAUUUAAUGAACUGGACAGGAUUGGCAUGUCUCUAACAGAAGAAGCCCAAGCAGGAGGUGUCCCAGUCCAUGAUGGAAAAGGAGACAUACGCAAAUGCCCUUACUAUGCAGACAAACUAGGUGGCAUGGCAGGAGCUGGCUGUCCCUAUCACGCUGCCAUGUCCUUGGCAAAGCAGCCCCUCGUGCAGCUGAUCCUCGCGGCUUGGGUCGCUGUGGCAGCAGGAGCUGCAGCCUGGUACAUCAUGUGAUGGGAAGAGCAACCUGCACCCUGAUGGUGGCAAAAGGAGAGGUGCACCCUGUCCUUCUUCAGACUGUUCUCCUGCUACUGGUGGAGUUGCCUGCAGGGUGCAAGUAAGACAAUA